CAGAGCUGUCCUUAACGCCGKCGCCAGCUGGUUCGAGCGUGCCAGCAUGCUGGUGAUCCUGCUCAACUGCGUCACCCUGGGCAUGUUCCGGCCCUGCGAGGACGUGGAGUGCCAGUCGGAGCGCUGCACCAUCCUGGAGGCGUUUGACGACUUCAUUUUCGCCUUCUUUGCGGUGGAAAUGGUCAUCAAGAUGGUGGCCCUGGGCAUCUUUGGGCAGAAGUGUUACCUYGGAGACACCUGGAAUCGCCUGGACUUCUUCAUCGUCAUGGCAGGGAUGAUGGAGUAUUCCCUGGAUGGACACAACGUCAGCCUCUCGGCCAUCCGCACUGUCCGUGUCCUUCGGCCGCUGCGAGCCAUCAACAGGGUCCCGAGUAUGAGGAUCCUGGUGACCCUGCUGCUGGACACUCUGCCUAUGUUAGGCAACGUCCUCCUCCUGUGCUUCUUUGUCUUCUUCAUCUUYGGCAUCGUCGGCGUCCAGCUCUGGGCGGGGCUGCUGAGGAACCGCUGCUUCCUGGACAGGAAUUUCGCCAUGACGUACAACCUGACCUUCCUGCACCCCUACUACCGGCCGGACGAGGCGGAGGAGAACCCCUUCAUCUGCUCCUCGCACCGGGAGAACGGCAUGCAGAGGUGCUCCAACAUUCCCACCAGGAAGGAGUUCAAGGUGGAAUGUACUCUGAGCAUGGAUUCCUACAGYGCCAGCCUGGCCAGCCCCGAGCCCAGCAGCCGCAAUUCCUGCAUCAACUGGAACCAGUACUACAACGUGUGCAUGGCGGGGGAUGUCAACCCCCACAAUGGAGCCAUCAAUUUUGAUAACAUUGGAUAUGCCUGGAUUGCCAUUUUCCARGUGAUAACCCUGGAAGGAUGGGUGGAUAUCAUGUACUACGUGAUGGAUGCGCACUCUUUUUACAAUUUUAUAUAUUUUAUAUUGCUCAUCAUAGUCGGCUCCUUUUUCAUGAUCAACCUGUGCCUGGUGGUGAUCGCCACGCAGUUCUCAGAGACCAAGCAGCGCGAGAACCAGCUGAUGCAGGAGCAGCGRGCGCGCUACCUGUCCAACGACAGCACCAUCGCCAGCUUCUCGGAGCCRGGCAGCUGCUACGAGGAGCUGCUCAAGUACAUCUGCCACAUCCUCAGGAAGGUCAAGCGCAGGACCAUCCGCCUCUACAACAACUGGCAGAGCAAACGCCGCCAAAAAGUGAACCCCAACAGCGGCGGCGGUGGCGGAGGGGGCGGGCAGAGCCAGCGGAGCAGGAGGAGGAUCACCUCCAUCCACCACCUGAUCCACCACCACCACCACCAUCAYCACCACCACUACCACAUCAGCAACGGCAGCCCGCGGGGGCCCCGCGCCAACCCCGAGAUCUGCGAGCUGGAGCUGCGCACGAUGAAGCCGGGCGGGCGGCUGAUGCUGCCGCCACCGUCGCCUUCUCCGCAGGGCCCCGCGCCCCGUCCCGACGCCGUGCACAGCGUCUACCACGCCGAUUGCCACAUGGAGGGGCCCCCCGGCGGCUGCAAGGCUCCUGGUACCCCUGCCAGCAGCAAACUGGCCGGGCUGGCCCACCACAGCAGCAUGAACUACCCCACCAUCCUGCCUUCCCCCACCAGCAAGGGCGGCUCCGCGCCCCUUCCCGCCGGGAAGAAGAACGGGAAUUCUCCMGUGGCCGUGGUUAACAGCCCGGGGAAUUUGGGCCUGGAUUCUUACGGGAAGCUGCAGCAGCUGGUGGGAGAGCAUGGUCUCCACCGGACGCCCAGCCGGCUGUCGGGGCUGAGCGCUGCCGGGGCGCUGCCGGGCACGGGCGGCCCCAGGCCGGGCUGUGAGCUGCAGGACUGUCCCUUCUGUGCCAGCCUCCUGGACGAGGAAUUCGCCCUCAGUGACUCCGACAGCAACGGCGACUCCGACAGCAACGGCGUCUACGAGUUCACGCAGGACCUGCGGCACGGCGACCGCCGGGACCAACUGCAGCAGCAGCAGCAGCAGCAGCAACGGAGCAGGAGGAGGAGGAAGAAGAAGAAGGCCAAGGAGAGGAACAAGGUGACCAAGCUGUGGCGGGCGUUCGGCACCAAGCUCAAGAGGAUCGUGGAGAGCAAAUAUUUCAACCGCGGGAUCAUGAUCGCCAUCCUCAUCAACACCCUCAGCAUGGGCAUCGAGUACCAYGAGCAGGUUUUUGUUGAAGUGUUUGGAGGGAGGGAGUAA